AUGAUGCGACUGGCGACGACGAGCCAGGCGCCGCUGUCGAGCUGGCCACUCACGCCCGACAGCUCGCACUCGUCGACGGAGGAACCACUCGCUCCUCCUCCUCCUCGCUCGCCGCGCUCUUCUUCGCGCCAGGGAGGGAGCGCAUUCAGCCCAGCGACGGCGAGCACGAGCACGAGCACACACCGUCGCCCUCGAACCUCGUCCGCCGUCUCGACCUCGUCCACCGGCGCCCCUGCGCGCUCACGCUUCCCGUCGUUCUCCUUCUCUCGCAACGCAAAGCAGCCUCUCCCGGCCUCGCCGCCGCCCUCGCCGCCACGCACGAGCGCAGGGAACCGCGCGUCGGUCCUGCUCGACUCGCGACUCAUGGCUGCAGCCAUCGUCGACGCCGCAGUCGACGAGGAGACCUGUCCUAUCUGCCUCGAACUCCUCAGCCUCCGCCUCGCAGGCGAGAAGCCUCACGUCGUCCCAGUCUGCGGUCACCGCUUGCAUCACUCGUGCUUCGAGGCUGUCUACGGCGAUGUCAGGGCUGCAAAGGCAAGGACGAGCGGGAGUCUGGGACUGUGCGGAGUCUGCAGGAGGGACAUGAAGAUUGGAGACGGGAGCGAGGCGCCAGGAAAGGGCAACAAGUUCGCCAAGCUCAGUGGUCUGCCAGCUGCCGCCUCCUCCCGCGGCGGUCCUGCUGCAAGCAUGCGAGGAAGCCGACCUGACCCUCUCUUCGACGACGACCCUCCUCGACCCGAGAUCCAGGACGACGACCUCGUCCAGUACCCGCUCCCCUUGUCCUCUGCCUACAUGCCCUUCGCGCCGCAUUCGAACAUCCGCGAGAGUACGAGCACCGGCACGGCGAGCACCGUGACCAGCGGCAGUCUCGCACGACGAGGGAGCGGCGACAACGGCGUCGCCUCGACCGUCGAGAUCGUCAAGCCCGUCGUGGCUGUUCGAGCCGAGCACACCUCUGUCGACCGCAGCUACGAGCGCGACAAGAAGCAGCACUUGACCUGCAUGGUCUCGAUUCACAUGCCGUCGCGGUAUCCUCCUCCCCCUCAGUUCGCCAACCUUGACAGCGCGCCUCUCAAUGACCCCUCAAACGGUCGAGCUCCUCCCCCUCCGCCCCUGAAUCGACCGCCGUCGAAUCCUCCCGGAUCCGUUCGCUCCCUCCCUCGCUCGUCUUCCCCUUCGUCCUCUGUCUACUCCGCCUACGCUUUCGGCGCGACCGGCGCACCGUCACCCGCUCAGCACAACCCCUUCGCAACCGUCGUCGACGACCUCCUCAAGCGCAUGGCAGACUGGAAGGGCCACUCGCCCGAAGAGUUCGGCCAGUUGCGCCUGUACGACACGGUCAACGUCCGCAAGGACGCUGCGACGCGCGAAUUCAUCGUCUAUCUCUUCGAGGAGGCGAUCUUGUGCGUCAUCGACGACAAGCGCAAGGGUAUCGCAGGAAAGCUGGUCGACGCAGUUACGCCCGGCGGCGAGGGGGACAAGCUCCGCCUCAAAGGCCGCGUCUACAUCCGCCACAUCCGCGCCGUCGCAGACUCGUCCAAAGGCGACGAGUUGUCUCUCACGAUCACGAUGAACGACGACGCCGUCGCCGAGUUCGUCAUGCUCUUCAAGGAGCGGACGAGCCUCGAGGUCUGGAAGGCGCAGAUCGAGAUCCUCCUUCGACAGGUGCACGCUUCGCCGACCGACUCGGGAUAUCCGGAGACGCCUGCGUCGGCGCGGAUGCCAGACAGGCGGGACGUCAUCAGCGAGGUGUCGAGUUCGGAUGCGUCGAGGUUGACGGCUUUCUCGGGCUACACCCGCACGACGAGCACCAGUAUCGGCCCGUCUGCGUCGGUCAUUUACGAGGUCGACGAGUCGGGCACGGGCGACGAGUUUGGUCGGUUCGCGCAGAACGCGGCGUACGGCUCGUCAGGGUUCAAGUCGGUCGUCUACGGGCAAUCUUCGCUCGGUCGAUCCGGCUCCGUCACGACCUCCAGCACGAUUCAUGACCCUCCGCGUAACUUCACGCCCCUCGACUUGAUGCUCAUCAUCUCUGUCCCUGCGCCAGGCUCGGGAAACCUCAAGACCGACAUCCUCAAGAACUCGCUCGAUUUUCUUAUCAAUCACGUCGGACCUCGAACACGCGUUAGUGUCGUCACCUACACCGUCGGCGAAGGCUCGAGAGGCGUGUUGCGCAAAACGCCGUUCAUUGCGGUUGGAAAGGCCGAGGGGAAGAAGCGGCUCGAGAAGGUUGUCGAGGAGCUGGGCUGCGAGGGGGAGGACUUGACGAGCAUGAUUGAGCACAAGGAGGAGAGAGUCAACGUCGUGACGGCGACCAACGUCGCGCUUGAUGUCGUCUUGCAGCGAACGGCCAAGUCCGCCCUGACCGGCAUGAUCAUCGUCAACGACGGUCGUGACGGCGCGCAGAAGCAGCAGAUGGACCUUGUCAUGGCACGGGCAGAGGCAGCCAACGUCCCGAUACACACGAUCGGCUACGGCAAGACGCACGACCCGGCGAGCCUUUGGCUUCUCUCGAACCACUCGAACGGUAGCUACACCUUCGUGAAGGACUUCUACGACCUGCGAGACGCGCUGGCCGGCAUCGUCGGCGGCAUCCUCUCGAUCGCGGCCACCAACGUCCGCCUGCACAUCAAGGUCCCCGAAAGUCGCCUCUUCCGCAUCCGCAAAGUCUCCGGUACACCGGGCGCCAUCGUUUCUCGAACCGGAACAGACGUCGACAUCGAAGUUGGCGAGCUGCGGUUCGGCGAGCGAAAGGACUUGAUCGUCGAGGUGGAGAUGUCGCUCGGAGGGUUCGGCGACCAGCCGCAUGAGCAGCGGCGAGAGAGGCCGCAGGUGCCGGAGUUCUCGACGUCGACGGACGCCUUCUUCCUCUCGAAGGCGGGCAUCAAUCCGGCAGCGCUCGACGAGUACAGCAGCGCGGCAAGCCUGUACGACGAGGAGUACGAUGCGAUGCCUGAUGAGGCGCCGUUGUUCGAGGUCAACGCGGCGUACCGUGAUCCGGCCGCCGGCAAGAACAUCUCGCGCCUUAAUCCGACGCCCGUCCUUCUCACCAUCACCGUCAACCCUCCGCCAUCGCACCCUCGCUCGCAGCAACCUCCUGCAGCGCCCGAGAUCGUCCGUCGACGAAUGGAGCUCCUCGUUUCCGACAUGCUCAGCCGCGCCCUCCUUCUCAUGACCCGGCGGAACGAUGCUCAAGCCGCUCGCCUGCUGGAAGAGACGAAGCGCAUCAUCGCUGCUGUCUCGUCGUCGCCGCUCGUCGCGUCGGCGGCUGGACAAGGCGGAUCGACCGGUCGCGGGCAGACUCGUCGAGGAUCGCUCGCCUCGCAGGCGCUCGUCCACUGCACCCUCCAGGCGCUGUCGGAGGACGUCGACGUUGUCCACGAGGCGUGCUCGGAUCGCGAGCUGUUCGAGACGACAGGUCGAUACCUCGCUGCUCAGCAGGCCGUCGUCUUGCGGGAUCAGCGGGCGUGGACGGCCAAGACGGCAACUGAGCGGCUGAUGUGGCGGGCGGACAACUCGCUGUGGCUCGUCAGCAAGAGUCGCGACUGGGUCAGCGUAUGA